UGCGCACUUCCCGAGUUCCCGUUGGCCUCGCGGGAUUGUAAACAAACGUGUGAACGUAGUUCCACCAAGGGCUGGAUCGGACAAGCUCCUCGAGAAACCGAUUCGGAUCAAUGAGCUGUAAGCUUCAAGAGAGCGUUUUCGGGAGAAAAGGCACCGUGUUUCACCGAUUUGAACGGAAUCACAGCGAAGUCUCGAGUGAGUGAGAGAUCAACUGGAUCGAGUGAUUAGCCGCUACCGCUAGCAGACAGUGUAAACAACAGUCCUCUUUGAAACUACACUUCAAAUACGGUCUCCGUCGGUCUGAUUCAGGAUGGUGUCUGUGGAGAGCGUGUCGGUCCUAGUCUUCUUCUGCACUGUGGCGCCGUCUCCUGGUCAGGCGUAUAUAUAUGCUCAUUACAAUAACAUGACCUCCAUGCUGUUCGAGGAUCUGCCCGCUCUCUUCGGCUCUCCUCUGCCAAAAGAUGGACUUGAGGGGGUGCUGGUGGAAGCUCGUCCUCCAAACGCCUGUGUGUCUAUAGAUCCUCCUCCAGUUUCUCCCACAGCUUCUGAUCCCAACAGCACUAAAUACAUCGUCCUCAUUCGACGCUACGACUGUAACUUUGAUAUCAAGGUGCUCCAUGCACAGCAGGCAGGAUUCAGCGCAGCCAUAGUUCACAACAUGAACUCUAAUUCACUUCUCAGGAUGGGAUACAGCAAUGACACUAUCAUGGAGGAGAUCGAGAUCCCUUCUGUGUUCACGAGCUACUACGCGUCUCAGAUCCUGCGCAGCAUCAUCAUCCCAGAGAAAGGGGCUUUUGUGAUUCUGAAGCCCGAGUUCUCCUUCCCUCUGUCCUACUAUCUCAUCCCCUUCACUGGAGUAGUGGGCAUUAUCAUCCUGGUCAUGGUCAUCAUACUGAUUGUGCGCUGCAUGCAGCACAGGAAGAGACUUCAGAAAAACAGACUCUCCAAACAACAGCUGAAGAAAAUCCCCACUCACAAGUUUGUUAAAGGUGAUAGUUAUGAUGUGUGUGCGAUCUGCCUGGAUGAGUAUGAAGAGGGAGAGAAGCUGAGAGUGCUGCCGUGUUCUCACGCGUACCACUGCAGGUGUGUGGACCCCUGGCUCACCCAAACUAAAAAAACCUGCCCGGUGUGCAAGCAGCGAGUGACCCGUCCCGACCCAGAGUACUCAGAGUCUUCGGACUCUGGCGGAGAGUCAGGGCCUCAGCAGGAAGAGGAAGAGGAGGCAGACUCUGAGCGCACGCCUCUCCUCCGACCCCCCACCGCCUCCAGCCCGCCUCACACAUACGCCUCCACGGUCACCAUCUCCGCACAGUGUCUGCAGCCGCACGAGCCCCCGCUGGGGGGUGACCAGCACCACUCGCCCGUCCAGGACUCGGAGGAAGGCACUGAUGAUGAUGAGGAUGAUGGAGACACCACAGAGCUCAUGCGACGGGGCGCACUGCGAGUCUGAGGACUUGAUCAAAACAGCUUCUCCAGCUCAUAUAUGUCCACCCACUCCAGUCUUCAUGGAGAUUUGCAUCCAUCUCGUUCUUCACUAGCAACACUACACAGCUUCACACAUUUGUGUGUGUUUCACUAAAUCUUCUUUCCCCUAAAACUUGGUCCAUGUUG